AUGGCCAACCGUCUGCAAGAGGAGGCAGCCUGUCCAGUCUGUCAGGAGGUUUUCCUCAACCCCAUUGCUCUCUCCUGUGCCCACACUUUCUGCUUUCAUUGCAUGCAAACUUGGAUGGAAGAACAGAAGGAUCUGAAAUUGAUCUGUCCCGUAUGUCGAGGCGUCAGUGAGAAUCCUCCUUUGGAGGAAUGGCAAGUUGGAGAACUGAUUCUUCUCAUCACACAGCACAGUUCCCAACUGGAGCAGGGUCUGCAUGUGAAUGACGAGUACCUGAAGUUCUGGGAGGACAUAACUCUGGAUGCAGCCACCGCCAACCCCUUUCUUGUCCUCUCUGAUGACCUAAGGAGUGUCCAGUGUGGGAAGAUCUGCCAGAACCUGAUGGAAGAUCCCCAGAGAUUUGCAUACUGGGCUUGUAUCCUGGGCACUCCGUGCUUCUCCUCUGGCUGUCAUUACUGGGUGGUAGAAGUGGGAGAGGGGAAUGAGUGGGCUCUGGGCGUCUGCAAAAUAUCGAGCGGUUUUUCCUCUGAACAUGGCUUCUGGAUCAUCAGCAUGAAGGCGGGAAUAAUCUAUACCUGCUCCAUCCCAGAAACCAGAAUUCCUGCAAGCCCUGGCCUUAGCCAAGUAGGAAUUUUUCUAGAUAUUGAGUUGGAAGAAAUCAAGUUUUUUGAUGUUAGCAAUGAUACCCUCAUCUACAUACACAGUAAUUUCUCCUGUUUGGAGCCUUUGUGUCCGUUCUUUAGUCCUGAGCUCCCCGGAGAAGGUGAUAAUGGUGGCCCCCUAACCAUCUGUCCAUCAGGAACUCAUCCCUUCCUAGAAACGUCCUGUGAGGUGAAUGAGAUCUCUGAUGGUCCUUCCUGGCGGCGCCAAUAUCUCUCAGCCAAGCUGGAGUCUAGCGCAAAGGAUUCUGGGAAGUUGGUAGGACAGUAUUAUGGGAUGGCAUCUCCUCCUUCCUUUUGGCCCAUCCCGAAUUCUCCUGGUUAA